AUUAGUAUUGGACUUAAUAGGAGAGGGUGGUUUUUUUUAUUUGAGUAUAGACAUUGCUGCUGUAUUUUUUCAAGUUUAUGACUGUGUCUACUCCUCUUAUAAAGAUUUCCUUGUUUGUACACAGCUGUAGAGGUCUUGCAAGUGGGAGAAAUUCUUUCAGCUGAACAUGUGAGAGAGGCUGCCUUUGCUUUUCCCUGGUGAGCAAUUGCAAGACAGCUCAGUUACCUGUCAGGAGGGUUUCGAGGUGUGUUCUAUCCACACCUUCAUUUUUGGCAGCCUGUGGGGAGAACGGUUACAUGUGAGAGCAGAAUCGAGCUGUAGGGUGGACACUUUGGUGUAAAACUGAGAGGACUGCCCUCACAUAGGGAAGGAACCCCCUCCAUCCAUCUCCCAGAGUGAUGAGGUACAAACUGAAGUCUAGUCUCUCACACACACCCAGGGAAGUGUUUUGAGGCACCAUCUCUGGAAGUGUUCAUCAAACGUGUGGCACUUAGGGACACGGUUUAGUGGUGAACACGGUGAUGCUGGGUCAGCAGUUGGAUUUGAUGCUCUCAGAAGUCUUCUCCAACCAUAAUGAUCGUACGGUUCUGUGGUGACAGAGGUAUAAAACUGGGGCAGGAGAGACUCAACAAAUGCCCGUUUACAUCCAGCUGCCAUUUUUCUAACGCAAGCCUUUACUGUCAAACCUGCCGCUCCGCCUGGGGAGGCACGACUAAAAUGGAGCCCGGUCACCUGGAUGGCGAGGUGCCCCCAGGAUGGCGGGUGCCGCGGGCUAUACCACGCCUUUCUGUGCCGUUCUGUGUAUUUGAGGGUGCACCCUUUUCUGCGGGGGAGGUCAGGGAGCGGGGCAGAGCGGCUCGCUGCAGGCCCCGGCUGCGUUUGGCCAUUGUGCCGCCGUUGCCGCGGCGAUGGGAGCAGCUGCGGCGGCCUUGGCCGCGGCCCCGGGCAAGCUGCGGGCCGUGUUUGCCAACACCGGGCACAGCGGCCCUGCCCGAGCCCGCCCGGCGGACGCAGGGCCGCUCCCCGCGGGCAGCCACCCGCACGGCUCGGGCAGGACACGCCGAGCGACUGUCCCCUCACGGCGCCCGCGGCUGCCCCGCAUCGGGCCCGCUGCCCCGACACGGCUCCGUGCCGCUCUCCCUGGCACGUUGUUUCUCGCAGAUUUACGGCGGGAGAUUUGCUGCUGGGGCUGACCUUUCUUCCUCCGUCCGGGGUAAUGAAUGUUGCUGUUUAAACGCUCUGCCUCCACAGCCCUUGUGCUUCAGGUUUUCAAAGAGUAGCAGAGUACCCAGGGGAAGAAGCCCUUUGUUGCCUGGCUGUGAAACCUGA